AUGGCCUUUGCGUCUCUCGUACGCCGCGUGCGGCCGGCCGCCCUCCGCCCCGCGCGCCGCAUGAGCACCUACAAGCCCGACCUCCACGCAGUGAAGCAGCUGCGCGCCGAGUCGCAGGCGCCGCUCCAGGACGUGCGCAACGCGCUCGUCGCGACGCACGGCGACUUCCGCGCGGCGGUCGAGUGGCUCCGACUCAAAGGCCUCGCGACGGCCGGCCAGAAAGCCGGACGCCGCACGGCCGAAGGCCUCGUGGGCGUCCACGUGUCGCCCGACGGCCGCCACGCGGCGAUGGUCGAAGUCAACAGUGAGACGGACUUUGUCGCGCGGAACGCCACGUUCCAAGCGCUCGUGACGCGCGUGGCGGCCGCACUGACGACGGCCGACCCGACCGACGUGACGGCCGACCGGUCGGCCGUCGUGACGUCCGACGCGCUGUCGGCCGACCAAUUAGCGGUCGUCCACGUCGACGGCACGACCGUCGCCGGCCACGUGCCGGCGCUCGUCGGCGUCGUCGGUGAGAACGUCGUGGCCGCGCGCGCCGUCCGGUGCCGCCUGACCGACGGCCUCAUCUGCAGCUACGUGCACAACGCGGCCGCGCCGGGCCUCGGCCGGUCGGCUGCGCUCGUCGCGCUCGCGUUUGAAAGCCGCACGGCGUCGGCCGACCAGCUCGCACAGGUGCACGCGCUGGGCCGGCGCCUCGCCAUGCACGUCGUGGCCACGCGGCCGCAGUUUCUGUCGCGCGCAGCGGUGCCGGCGGCCGUUGUCGCGAGUGAGCGCGCGUUUCUCGCUGCACAGGUCCAAGACGCGGGCAAACCGCCGCACAUUGCGGCCAAGAUGCUGGACGGCCGACUGGCCAAGUUCUUCACUGACGUUGCGCUGCUGGAACAGGACCACGUGGUGGAAGAGGGCGGGCCGAAGGUCGGGGCGUUCGUGGCGGACGCAGCGGACAAGUUGGGGCUGGAGGUGUCGGUCGUGGCCUUUGAACGCUUUGAAGUCGGCGAGAGCCGUACGGAGGACGAACAGCGGGACGUGUGA